AAAAACAUUAAAAAUAUUUUUUCCAAAAUUAAUUCAUAUCACAUGUAUGGCACACGCAGUUAAUAGAGUUCUAGAGAAAAUUCGAGAAUUGUAUCCUGGUAUAAAUAAAUUAAUUAACAAUGGAAAAAAAGCUUUCCUAAAAGCACCAUCGAGAAUAAAUAAAUACAGAAAAGAAAUGCCGGGUAUACCUUUACCACCCGAACCUAUUAUUACAAGAUGGGGAACAUGGUUAAACGCUGCACUUUUCUAUGCAAAUAAUUUUGAAAAGUUUAAAAACGUGAUUGAAAGUUUAACAGAUGAUGCUUUAAGUGUCGAAAAGCUGAAACUGCUUGUACAAGAUAAUGCAGUCAAAUGUGGUUUAGCAUUCAUAAAAUUACACUUAUCUGAGUUAUGCACGAAUCUCAAAAAUUUGGAAGAAUCUAAUAGUGAACUACUGAAAAGUAUGGAUAUUUUUAGAAAAAUUGAAGAUAUUUUAACAAAUAUUCCUGGUCCAGAAGGUGAAAAAAUUAAGGAAAAAUGUAUGUAUGUAAUUGAAAAAAAAUGAAGGGUAUAAAACUUUAAAGUGUUACUAUGAAGUCAUGUCAGGUAAAGCAAAUGUUAAUUUAGAUAUAACGCCUACUUUCUUAAAUUGUUUUAAAUAUGCACCAAUAACGAGUGUUGACGUAGAACGUAGUUUCUCGUUGUACAAACAUAUUUUAACUAAUAGAAGAUUUAAUUUUAAUGAAAAUAAUUUAGAAAUGUAUUUAAUCAUCAAUUUUAAUUCAAAAAUGUAAAAUUAAUAUUAAAUGUAAUUAAUGUA